AUGCGACGAUUCAGUCAGAGGAAGUCUCGUACUCGCGGGACAAUCAUUCGUGGCAAUACGAUGUCAUCCAGUUCAUUAUCAUCCAAACAUGAUUUCUCCUACACUGAUAAUGAUUACGAUUAUUUUUUAAGUGAUGCACUGGUAAAUGAUAUUGAAAAUUUUGCAAAUCACGCAGAACGAUUGCGUCAAUCGCUUGAUCCUUCUAUCAAUGCAAACGAUGGUAAGUCAAUGUGUGUAUCGGUACAUUCAGCACUUUCAAUGGUAUCACAAACAGUCCGUGAUUUAUUAGUCCGUUAUCCAGCCUUCAAAACAACUCAUGUUUUACUACCUGCUAGUCAACUAAUUCACAGUGUUAAAGAAUUAAAUUUUGAUAAUUCAAAUGUUGACGCAUCUCGAACACUUUCAUGCUUGGAGAAACUUGAAGCAGCUGUUGGUAAUACUCUCAAACAAUCUUUGAGACCACGAACGACAAAAUACACUACUGCUACGUUAGGUCACAAAAGUAAACAUGAUGGUUUAAAAAAUGGACGAGUACUUAUUCGACGACAUUCAGCUUUUCAACCAAAAAAUCAUGAUAACUGUUUUAUUAAUUUGGAAGAAAUGGAUCGAAUGGUUGCUGAUCGAAGCGACGGCAUUGAUUUAGCUUUUGAACGAGCUAAAGCAUGGACCAAAUAUUGUAAAGACUUGUUAAAUCAUGUGUCACGUCGGGUGCAACUUGACUUAGAACACGCAAAACGUGUACAAAAUCUUGCGAAUCAGUCAAAAACUGCCAUCAGUGAACAUUAUUUGCCGUUAAAAGAUGUAUUCGAAAAUAGUUUUGAAAAUGACAUCACAUUUUGUGAGCAAACACAGGAAGCUGUAAAGUACAUUCAAGAUAGAUUUAUUAAGUCAUUAGAACUGAGACGAGAUGAUCAUGAACGGCAACGAAGAAGUUUAAAAAAUGAAUGGUUACGAGUAACAAAACAAGUUAAGGACACUCAACAAGAGUUGCAACGAGCUCGAACAUUACUUGGUUCACGUGAUGAUGGCUACCGGAAAGCGCAAGAGAUAUCCAUUCGUACGGAAUGUACGGGUCCGGCUGUUGGUUCGGAACUUCUUCGACGUCGUAAAGAAUUGGAAAAAAGACGAAAAAAUGAAGAAGAAGCGCUAAAUAAGAGAGAUGAAGCACAGAAUCAAGUUGAAAGGCUCGAAGUGGAACUGGAACGACGACAAAAUCAUAUGGAAGAUACAAAGGUUCGAAUCGUUGGACAGCUAAGGGAAUUGGUCUAUCGAUGUGAUCAAACGACAAAAGCUUGUUCCACACAUUAUUUUCAGGCAUUGGCAAAUUUGUGGGUACCACAACCUGGAAAGUAUCACGAAUUCGCGGAUGCAACGCGAACAUAUAUUCCCGGGGCUGAGUACAUGUCCUUCUUACAAAAUCUUCCACGCCGUACUGUCUCUACUGGAUCACUUUUUCGAGGUGACAAUGGUGACGGUAUAUCGUCAGAAAAUCAAACCUCGUCGUCCUCAUCCGUUUCAUCGCAACGACGAAAUGCGAUUGAUUUAAUGGAUCAGGAUGUAAUCUUUGAACGAAAGCAGAAGAAAAAUGCUGCUCGAUUGUUUGAACAUGCCGCAUUUGAAGGACCGAAUACUGAAAUUGCAAGGUCCCAUACAUUACAACGCACACGACAACCUACAAAAUGCGCCCAUUGUGAAACCCUUUCAUUACUAUCUACUGUUCAAUGCUCAAAGUGUGGUAUGACGUGGCAUAAGUCAUGUUUACCACGCAUUACCGUUCCGUGUGAUCAGAAUCCGAAAAGUUUCUCGGAUUCAUCUCGACGUACGAGUGUAUUCGGUGUACCAUUAUGCAGUCAGCUAAAUGGACCUUCUCGAUUGGUUCCCGUUGUGUUGGAACGUUGCGUCGAUGAGCUUCAAAAACGUGGAUUAAAAGUGAAGGGCAUCUAUCGUACAUGCGGUGUAAAAAGUAAAAUUGAACAAAUUUGUGAAGAUUUUGAACGAGCAAAUAGCGAUAACGAAGUUGAUUUAAGUAACUAUCAUCCGAUGAAUAUUGCUUCCGUUAUUAAACUUUAUUUGAGAAAAUUACCGGAACCAUUACUGACGCAUGAAUUAUACGAUGAAUGGAUAGCAUUUGCUGAGAAAAAUUUGGUUGAGGAAGAUCCAGAAAUUGUUGAUCAUAUUAGAUUACUGAUGAAAAAACUACCAUCAAGAAAUGUAGAUGCAUUGCAAUUCCUAUUGCUUCAUUUAAAACGAGUCACCUGGUUUGAAAUGGAUAAUUUAAUGACUGCAUCAAAUUUGGGUGCCGUAAUAACACCAUCGAUGAUUUGGAAACAUCCAUCACCAUCACCGUUGUCCAAUUCAAACAAUAAUUCAUUUCUUUCUAGUGCUCAUUUGAUGAGCAAAGCAGUAGAACUAAUCAUCAAAUAUGCUUUUGAAGUGUUCAAUGUUGAUAUCGCUGAAGAUAGACGGAUUUUUUUCCAGCAAUAUCCAGAUGCCGUAGAUUCACUAUCUGUAGAUCCGGAAUUAGAUGAUCGGUUGUGUGAAGGUGAAGGAAUAGUAGAUGAAGAUUUACUUGAAGAUGAAACAGAUGUAGUUUGUUCCACUUUUCUACCGCAACCACCAACUCCAGAUUUGUUAAAGAAUACAUCUCGUAAUAAAAAUGAAGCUUAUCACAUAAACGAAGAUAUCGAUUUGGAUACUCCCUCGGGAUCAGCACGUGCUAGUGGAUCAAGUCAAUCCGGCGGUCUAUCUGCAAGAGCUUACUCAUUAUCAGAUCGGUUGGGACAUGUCAUCGAGAAAGGUAAUGUAGAUAUCAGUGGUAAUGCGACACGUUUACGCAGCCGAAUUGAUAAAAAGCGUAGCUACACGACAUCAAUUUUAGUAUCACCUCAUCCGGAUCGGAAGCUGGCGUUACCCCAGAGACAACAUUCGGCAGAAGACAAUUAUCCACCUAACAUUUCAUCCGGUGACGUGACAGUUGAAGUUAGUAAGGAUCAAUUCUAUAUGCCAAGUGUAACUGAUGAUUGUCGACAUAAAUCAGCAGGACAUGAGCAAUUAAUAUUGAUGGGUCUUUGUAGCCGGUUGAAUAUUGUUGGAAAGGAUUCGGAAAAUAGCCAUACAACGGUAGAGUCAAAACCGGAUACGGGUAGCAACAAUCAAUGUAUUCAUCCUACCGGAACAGCAGCACUUUUUCAUGGUGCUGAUGUGAGUUACAUCUGA